AAUGUGCUGAAAGUUUGUGGCCGGGACGCAUUUUUUGAACAAUAGUACAGUUUUUAUUAUUUUAUCGGCUUUUCGUUCACAUCCCACUUAAAACAAUAUCAGAAGAAUCGACUGUUGCUGUAAGAAGACAACGUUUCAUGUCCGUUACCGUUAUCCUAACGUUUCGGUUAUUUUUGUUCUUUGUUGCAGGUCUGGCUAACGUUAUCUCAGUGAAGAUCUGGCGUCGAGGAUUUUCAACAGUGUUUGAAGACCAAAACCAAAAAUUCUCAUUAUUUUUUCCUACUCAAGUAAUGGACAUUUGAUUACUACUUUUUGCCUCCAGACUGUUCCAGAAGGAAAACCUAGAGCUUAUCACAAUCCCGCCCAUAAGCAAUUUUUCAACCAUAAUAUAAAGUCAUGACAGUUUACGUUCUGAAACUGUUAUAACUGAAAGAUUUGUUGCUGUAGCUAAAGCACAAUAUAAUAGCUACCCGAGACGCAGAGGAGAGGUAUAAAUAGUAAGUUGUCUUUCAAAACCGAUUUGAUCCUAAAUUUGAUUAAUUAUAGUUAUACAGUUGAAUAUAACAUGUCUUGCCAGAAAUGAAUUUGAGUUAGUAGGAAAUAACCGAAUGUAGCGAGUUAGCUUGCUAGGAUAGCUGGAUUAAGCUAUUUUAAGCAUUUGGUCAUAGUCAGCUAGAGUUAGCAUAUGAGCUCGCACAGCAAAGUCUACAGAGGCUGAGUGCCCUGUUUUUCUUUGUGUGUGAGACUGGUUUGCCAAUGAAAUUAUUUAAUCAGUAUGAAUGCAGUAUAAAACCAAGAUCGCUUUUCAUAAGCAAUCUGUACAUAAAGAUUGCCAAGGGUAAGAGGCAGGAAGUAAUUUAAUUUUGAUGUCGCUAAAAUCUUUUUGAAGGGAGAGCUCAUUGGAACCAAUCAACGCAAUCUACACAUAAAGAUUGCAAUACCUGGCGAUUAUGGACUUGCAAUCCGAAAGGGGAACUCUAUAAAAAUGUUCUUUUUUUUUACUGUGACUUUUACCAUGUUUUAAUGUUAGCUUUUCAUGCUGGCUAGUUAGUAUUUUCGCGCAGUUUCCGUAUUCGUGUGUUUACUCGAUCUUUUUUUUUUUUUUUAUUCUACUUCAAACUAUAUGUGCUUUUUAACGUUGCAAUCUCACGAUAAAGAUUGCGGUCUGCGUGGAUGUAGAUGUACAGGCGAGGGAAUUUAGGUUGAGAAAUCUUUGCUUUGCGGUUGUAAUGUUAGCUCUAAAAUGGCGGACAGGUUGUCCUUUGUUGAGAACACUCGAGGCAAUGGUGGUUCAGGUUGUCUGACUUCUGGAAUUACAUGAGUCGGAGCCAUCUCCAUGAUAGCUCCACUUGGACCGAAUUCGUUUUUAUCGGAUUUCUGAUGGACUUUUUUUGACCAUUAGCUGUAUUUUGGAAUUAUAGAGGUAGACAGCUGCACGAUGUUACAACAAUUUGUGACGUAUUUUUCUUUCUUCAAAAUGGCGCCUAGGGCUUCUUCAUGCAACGCUCUCUUGUUUUUAGACGACACCUUCCAUGAAGGGGUUAACCAAGAGGGCUGGCCAUAAAAAGCGCUUCAGCGAAUCACUGCGUCAGAGGGCCGCCCCCUCCAUGGACAGUUUGUGUCGAUUUGGGCUGUGAAAGUCAGGAUGUGACAGAUGGCUUAUACAUCUGUCCACUGUGGCAGCUUUAUGAUCUAACAAAGCCUGUGUUAAUGACGCACCUUGCGUUACUUACAUAUCGUGUUUGUGAAAUAAGGCUGUGAAAUAGCAUUGAUCUUUUUAUAAUUCGAUGCACUUCCUUUUUUAAUAUAAUGCAGUGCAUCACUACAACCUGUCUUAUUAGGUGAGAAGUGGAGAAUAUUAAUAUUAAUAGGCCUACACAUUGUCCAACUCACAUUGCUUUUUUCUUUCCCCCUGGUUGCAUCAUAGACAAGUGUAAUGUGGUUGUUUUCAUCAUCGGAUGAGCAUCCAUUAAUGUAUUUUGAGAAACUUGUUGAAAGUAAAUACACAAUGGCUUUUCCAGCCAUACAUUGUGAUGCUUUUGUUAGUGUCGUUAACUGUGUGUACAUGUAUAACAGUUGUGACGUUUUCAGGCAUUGUGUUGUAUGCCCCGUGUUUUGGAGUUCGAUUCUGAAUUGUGAAAGUAUAAAAACUUCUACAACCACAGUUAAACGGGUAAGACCAAACCUGAUUUCUCACAUGACAUUUGACAGAUCAUAGCUAUUGAUAACAAUACUCGCCCUGAUUACAAAGAAUGGUGUCGAGAUUGUACUGCCUCAAAUUGGCACUUGUAUAAUUUAAAUACUACUUAAAAGUCCAAUGCAUGCUGUGUUCAGUACCCUGGUGGUUGAGAUAACAUACACAACCAACCAAAUUUAAACAUUUAAAGUUUAUGCAGCAACGGGAUUCGUGUUGCAAAUGCGAUCAUGCACUAGUCUGUGUACAAGUCACACUCGAGUGUUUUUGCUCGGCUUCUAGCCUGUGAGAUUAGGUAUAAAUAGUUGCCACUGCAGAGGCAGGGCAAAAUGACGUCGCUAGACAUUUCUCCAUAACAAGGAACGCCCCUCCCCCCUCCAUUGCACUAGUUUUGGAACUUCACCUGUAUUGCAUUGUCAGUUGUGUGUGACAACUUUCAGUCAGAUGAUGGACUCUAGGCGUAGUGUGAGCUCUUGUCUUGCCAUGUGACAGUGGUUCUUGUUUUGUCAGAGAUUAACUUUACUUUCUUCUGUAGCAACAAUCAUAUGGUGCCACUAGAUGGCAGCAGUGUCACAUGCCAGUCACUAAUCCUGUGACAUAAGAACAGCUCCCUUUUGUAGUUUUGAUUUACUGUGUUGUGAGGAAGCGAGUCACGUAUAAAGCUUUUGAAGUAGAAUGAGCAUACAUUUCAACUUCUAUUUUGACUGUGUGUGUGUGUUGCCCACAUUUUUCCUGCACUUUUCCCAUCAAAGCCUUCUUGCCGUUGUUAAUGGGAGACUUCUGGAAUACAUGCUGACCCUCACUCCGGGUCAGACAACUGAUGCAGUCCAACUUAUUUCUCCCAUAGGAAUACUUUUUUUUUAUGUGGAAGUCGUCUGUCUAUUUGUGUGUUUGUGUGUGUGUGUGUGUGUGUGUGUGUUUGCGCGCAUGUGAGUGAGAGAGAGAGGACGAUUUGUAAGUAUACUUGUGUGUUUGGGGCUGUAUGACACUGUUUUAUGAAUCCUGAGACAGAGGAUAUAGCCCAGCACUCUAUUCCCCCAUCCAUUAUUACAGUGUUGCAUGUACUGUGCUUGUCUCUUCCUGUCUGAUAUUGAGAUAUAUAUAUAUUUUUUAUAAAUUAAUAAUUUAUAUAUUGCAUUAAAUGAGAAAUAGAAAGUAAUGAAAAUAAAAGUAACAUUCUCACUUUUAUAAGUUCAUCAAAUUGUAUAGAUUAAAACAUCAAGAGUUUCCUCAACAAAGUAAGCAUACAAGCACUUAGCUUCAAGGCAAGCAAGGAAAGAGCAAAGAACGAUUUCCCCCCAAGACAUUACAAUUUACACUGUUCUUUUGUAAAAUCCCUUCCCCUUUAUUUUAUGUAGUGUCAGACUUGGAGUGUAUAAUUUUCUUCAGACUCACAAUCACCACUUAUUCUUUAUAAGUUCACUUAAAGUGGCUAAGCUGUGGAGAAGGUGAGUCAUAUGACAAGUGACAAGUACACAUACAUGUUUCUUUUCCAUGCGUACCCAAUCUAGUGUCAAUUGACAUCGCUAAUGUGGUAAAUCUCCCCUAUUAGUACGGUUUACUUUGUACUUAUGUUACUAGUAAUAAGCAGUCAACAGACACAAAUAAUGGCUGUUAAUUUAUAAUCAUAACAUAUUUUUUGAGUAGCCAAGUUUGAAGAAGAUGUGUGUAAUGUCAGCUUCUCCCUGUUGUUAGUUUGCACAUCGUCAGUCAUUGUUAAAGUAAUUUGUUUCGUAUUCAUAAUGUUACUUUUAUAUUGCAUAGUGUUAGGCCCAUACUUCAUUUGAACUUAUUUGACUUGCCUUGAAAUUACAUUUUGGGUGAAAUCACUGAUAAUUUUGGAUAGACAAAAUUAUACUAAAUAUCUGUUUGGUAGGCAUAAUAACCCUUCUUAUUGUAUAGACAUAAUGGCCCCUCAUGGAAGGCUCAAUACUUCCCCUUCCAGUUUUUUAUUUUUUUAAAGCGAAAACACUUACUGAUUUUUAUCAUAUUGUCAUCAGAGUAUCUUAAAUUCUGUCACACUGCCUGCCACUGAUUGCUUUCCUUUCUUGCGUCCGUGGUCUUCAGAAUGGGACUGGUUUACAGAGAACAGUAAUCUUCCACUCUUGCUUGUGAGAGCUGCUUGAGCCAGGUGUCUUUUUUCCUCCUAUUUGACACUAUGGUUCAGAAUGCCCAAGUUGACUUUGGAAUGGGAUCUGCCCUGAAUGACCCCCAUGGCAAGCUUGGUUCCAAUGAGCUCCCUUCAGAAGACGUUCGACAUUCCAGUUAUAGUCAAUGUAGCCAAUUCGCACCAAUGGCAGUGGGGCCUGUCGACCCAAGGGAGGUGCUGAAAGGCGUGGAGGCGCUUCUGGGAAAGGAUGGCGAGCUGCGCAGCCUUGAGGGAGUCGCCAAAGUCUUCAGUCUCAUGAAGGCUUCUCAUAAGAUGGUCAGCCGAUGCAUGUAUCUGAACAUCCUGCUGCAGACCAAAUCUCAUGACAUUCUUAACAGAUUUAUCCGAGUGGGUGGCUACAAGCUGUUGAACUCAUGGCUCACCUACUCAAAGACCACCACCAACACACCACUGCUGCAGCUCAUCCUCCUGACCCUGCAGAAGCUGCCUCUCACCGUGGACCAUCUCAAGCAGAACAACACUGCCAAGUUGGUGAAGCAGUUGAGCAAAGGGGGUGAGACAGAAGAGCUGAGGAAGCUGGCCUCAGUGCUGGUUGAAGGCUGGAUGAACAUCAUCCGUUCCCAGAGUGUGGCCGCCGCUGCCGGUGGCUCCCCAGCAGAUAAGAAGAAAAAGAAAGAAGAGGGCAAGCGACCUGAAGUGAAGAACAUUGAAGGCAAAAGUGAAGAAGAGAAGAAGAAAGAGAAGCCCAAGGCUCAUGCUCCCAGCCACGCCAAAAUCCGCUCCAUAGGUUUGGAGAUGGACACUCCCACUCCAUUGCCGCCCAAGAAGCCCCCUGCAGCCCCUGUGCUUGGUGACAAAUACAACAUCAAGCCAGCAGUGCUCAAGAGGCCUAGUGGCUCCCCAUCAGAUGCCCCGCCGGUGGAGAAGAAAUACAAGCCCCUCAACACUAACUCCACCAAGGAGUCCCGCAUCAAAAUCAUUCCUGCCCAGCCCAUGGAGUGCACCGGCUUCUUGGAUGCCCUCAACUCGGCCCCAGUUCCAGGCAUCAAGAUCAAGAAGAAGUCCAAGACCAACAAGGCCGUCUCUCCUACCUCUACCAAGCCGUGUCCGUUCGACACUAAGCCCAGCAGCGCGCUGGCCAAGCCCUCGUCCCCCGAGGCUCCCAUGUCUCUCACCCCCGCCGAGGAGCCUCUGGAGCUGGAGCAGCCCGGCACGCCCGUACCAGCCGAAGACCCCGAGGCCAUGGACACCUCCACCGACAAGCCCAAUGCUCUGGUGGAGAUUCGUGGAGAUGAAGAGAACCUGACGAAGAAAGGGAAGAAGAAGAAGAACGUGACCUGGGCAGAGGAGGAGCAGCUCAAAGAGUACUUCUACUUUGACCUGGACGAGACCGAGAGAGUAAACGUGAACAAGAUCAAGGACUUUGGUGAGGCAGCCAAGCGUGAGCUGAUGAUGGACAGGCAGACGUUCGAGAUGGCCCGCCGCCUGUCUCACGACACCAUGGAGGAGCGGGUGCCCUUCACUCCUCCACGACCCAUCAGCCUGCCCACCUCGCUGGUGAACUUCGGCGCCAACAGCACCGAGAAACUGACCCAGAGGGACCGCGAGAUGGGCAUUCUGCAGGAGAUCUUCCUCAGCAAGGAGAGUGUCCCGGACAGCCCCCAUGAGCCUGAUCCUGAGCCCUAUGAGCCCAUGCCCCCACGCCUCAUCCCCCUGGACGAGCAGGACUCCACCCCGAUGGAAGAGCCGUUCGUUGACCAGACGGAAAAUGCCCCUCCCUCCGGCAUGCCCAUGGGUGGUCUGCCCCUCGGUGGAUUGCCCCUCGGUGGAUUGCCCCUCGGUGGAUUGCCCCUCGGUGGAUUGCCCCUCGGUGGAUUGCCCCUCGGCGGACUGCCCCUCGGUGGCCCAGAGGGUUCCAAACUGCCCCCCGUCCUGCAGAACCUCAUCGGCAGCCUGGGCAACAGCGGGCGCAGCCCCCAGAUGCAGGGCAACCCCGCACCACCCACCAACAACCCAGCCCUCAACGUCAACGUGCAGGAGCUGCUGACCUCCAUCAUGGGUGCCCAGGGAAACCAGUCGGCAGAGGACCUAAUCAAGCAGCCUGACUUCUCCGACAAGAUCAAGCAGCUGCUAGGCUCUCUGCAGCAGACUCAGAACCAAAACCAGAACCCCAACCAGAACAUGCCUAACAACAUGCCACCAGUGGCUACCGGUCUUCUGGGCCACGGCCCCGGCAUGAACAUGAACAUGCCCAUGAACAUGAAUAUGAACAUGCCCAUGAACGGAGGCUACCCGCCCAACAAGCCCCCCGGCGGCCCGCACUACAACCACCCCCCACCCCCGCACGGCCACGGGCCCCCGGGCUUCAACGCCGGCGGUCCCGGCCCACGCAUGAUGGGGCCUCCCCCCGGACCCGGAGGUCGCGGCGGAGACAACGGCAACUAUUGGGGCGACGACUCCAUGAGGGGCGGCCCACACCGCGGAGGCCACUUCCACCGCGGCCGAGGGCGAGGAGGCGACCAGGGCUUCAGAGGCAGGGGCCGUGGAGGACCCAGAGGAGGCCACAACAACAUGGGCGACAUGUCCAAGAGGCCGGUAUGUCGACACUUCAUGAUGAAGGGCAACUGCCGAUACGAGAACAACUGCGCCUUCUACCACCCUGGGGUUAACGGGCCACCUCUGCCCCCCCAGCAUUGACAGUCACAUAACACCCCCUAACCCCCACCCCAUCCCUCCUCUCCAUGCCUGUGGGCACUGAAUCUCACUAUAUACACACACACACACACACACACACACUCACAGUCAUUCAAACAGACAGUGGCCAUUUGAACACUCCCUCAGUGUUUCACUAGGGGGCAGCUGGACUCAAGUCAGAGCCUCUGCAGUGACACACCGGCAACUACUCCUGUGUGAGUUCAGCCGCUGAAGCCAAGCUUGGAUGAUCACACAUUCACUCACACACACACACACACACAAACAAAGAGAGACUUGCCCCAGCCCUGAAAUGGCCAGUACCCGCGGUACCCGCUCCAGUGGCCUUAAGCAAAGAACACUACUUCUCUUUCCAUGCUUGGUCACAAGGCUUCUGGGAACAUAGUGGCAUGCUGUGGCUCACAAAGACUGUCAAGGUGUUCAAGACAGACAAACAAAGCAGUGAGCUGAUCAUCAAUAUUCAUGAGGAACUUGCUUUUACUUCUACACCCUUCUUUGCCCUCUCCCCCAAAAAAACCCAACCCCAGUCAGUGGAGAUUGUGGGGUCCCCUUGUUCCCCCAUGACCACUAAAAUGAGCGCAGGCAGAGCUUGUUCUCCUGGACAUGAUCUCUGUCCAGUGUCUGUCCUACACUCAUUCCCACCCCCCAAACCCAUGAUGUUCCUUUCUGGUCCUGAAUGCCCUGUUGCACUUUUUCCAGCCCAAAAUGAGAGAAGAACAUAUAUAGAUUUUACAGAGUUCUAUUUUUUACUAUUUAACAUUGACAGAUUGAAGUAUUAACCCCUCUACAGACUCCUCUUGUGAGCGUACUCUUUUUUUUGCUCGAGGAGAAAUCCUUAGACUAACUGUGGAUCUUCAGUCUUUUAAGCUACAAAACCAAGAGUUUCAUCUCACUGAAAAUACAGUGUUUUGUGGCCUUUUUUGAUUUAGCGUCUAGAGAUGUAUGUAGGAAAAAGAAAACCUUGCUUACGGUUUUAAGACUAUUAGCAAGACUUAAAAAAGAAAAAAAACACAGUAAGGAACAACACUGUUUGGGAUUGCCUUUAAACGUCAGUUGACUACGCUUGAACCGUGUUGCCGUUUGUGCAGUCCAGACCGAGGUCCACCUUGAUUUACUGUUUCAUUCCCAAAAGCUCUCAGCCAUCAAAUGAGCGCACAUUUGGCCACACUGUUCAAUUUCUUCCUCCUUUUUCUCCCUUUUUUUUUGUUUUUUUUGUUUAUGUCCUUGUGGAAUUUCCCCAUGUUAGCAUCUCAUAAUCUGCUAAUUGUACUCAAGAGGCCUCCCAAAAGGCCUUGUGUUUGCUGUCCCCCACAGCUAAGCUGCUGCUCCCUUGGGUUAUUGAAAGUGUGCAGUAUUGAAGCGAGAGAAGGGGACCUGUAGGUUGUGAUGGAGGUGACUUAUUAACGCCUUAUAUUCAUUGACCCCAAAGAGCAGAUGAUGCAGUAUUACAGAUGGGGCAUAUGCACUGAUGUGAAAGAUGAUUAUGAUGAUGAUGAUGACCACUGAUUUGAAUCUGGUUCAUUGAAAGAAUUUUUUUUGUUGUUGUCCAAGGGCACAAACAUUUAGCUACAUUUUUUGUUUUGUCUGUCUCUUUAGCCUUUGUCCACAAAUUCUAAAUACUGUAUUUGGAGGUUUGCCACUGGCUUUCAAAAUUGUACUUUCUGCUGUUUUUUUCUCUCUCUCUCGCCGCUCUCUCUUCCACUUUGAGGACCGUUUGUUGAGAGGCAAUUAAUUCAAAGUUGUGAACAUGAUUCAGAUGGAUAUGUGCUGUACCUUAUGUAUCUGUUCGGUGUGACAAUCAUGAGGUGGUUCAGCACACAUCACCUAUUUUCUAUGAAUGUUAAUGGUGCCAGAUGAACUCUUUUGAUCAUUUCUUUCACAAUGUGUGAGUGUGUGUGUCUUAUCACCGUCCCACGUUUAAACUCUCAGAUUCAAUGAGGUGGUACGAUUGUGUGUAUGUGUGUUUGUUUGUGUUGGGAUGUUGUGAAUGUCAGAACCUAAACAGGGGGUCAUGAACCACUCUCUGGGCCAAGCCUUUUCAAAUUGUUUUCUGUGAAAACAGUGGCUUUCAUGUCUCUUGUGGGACUUUUUUUUUUUUUUUAAGUUCUGCCCCUGCUCCUUGGUUUGGUUACGUUUUGGUUACGAGUUGUUUUUAUUUUGAUACAUUAAUAAUAAAAUUGCUUCUUUUUAACCUCUGUGCGGAGAAGGGGUUUUUUGUUUGUGUAUAGAGUUGUGUGUAUCUGAAUGAUUGGAAGACAUACAUGCACAUGUAUAUUGCAUAUUAUUCACACAUUGUCAUAAGUAUUUUGUACAUGCAUCAAUAAAUGUGGAAAAUUAUAUCCGG